UCGAAUUCCUUAAACUGAUGCCCUGAAUAUUUUCUUUUAUACAAAAAUUCCUAGCCUGCUUAUUAGUUCUUAAACGCAAUUCCACGUGAAAUCGUUGGACGAUAUCGCGGUGAAAUUAUAGUCUUAAAGGGGCGGUUGUUUGGUAGGCAAGGCCGGGUCUCAUUAUGGACGUAGUACGCAAUCCGAUGCCAAUUGGAGCGAUGCCAGUGAUACCGACGGUUCCGGUGCAAAUCCCGGAACUACCGGUGCUCACCAUGGACACCAUCGAUGUUAAUUCACUGCCAGAAAUGGAACGGUUUACCGUCGAGCUUAAGAAGGACAUUUACGGCCUCGGGAUCACCAUCGCUGGAUACGUCUGCGAGAAAGAGGAGCUCUCCGGUAUAUUUGUGAAGAGCAUCAGUGAGGGUAGUGCAGCAGACCUGAGCAACAAGAUCCAAAUAAAUGAUAGAAUAGUCGAGGUGGACGGGCAUUCGCUGCAGGGUUACUCGAAUCACGAGGCGGUCGAGGUUCUCAGGCGUACAGGGCAAACGGUGCUCCUGUGUCUUGAGAGAUAUCUACGCGGACCAAAGUAUGAUCAGCUUCAACAGGCGAUUGCAGCCAGCGAGCUGAGAUUACCUCAACCGAGCUCCCCGUCGAUCACCAGUUUGCCCAGCUUUCCCAUGAGCGCCGAUGGCGAAACUACUGGCGAAACUGAGAUUGAAGCGGAAGGAGAGUCGCAUACGACUGUUGAUAGCGCUGUUCUGCAAGAGGUUGAUCAUGAAACAGCUCCGGAUGAAUUCGACGACGCGGCUAACGUCGAGGCACUGUUGAGCGAUCCGUCUAGCGUGCUCACGCCACAAAUUCGAGCAGCUAUCAAAGCGAAAUGGCAGAAAUUAGUGGAUCCGGGCACGGAAAUUGUGGUAGCGCAGCUGAAGAAAUUCGCGGAAGGCAGCGGGCUGGGCAUAAGCUUGGAGGGUACGGUGGACGUGGAGAACGGGCAAGAAGUAAGACCGCAUCAUUACAUACGAUCGAUCCUCCCGGAGGGACCCGUCGGCCAAAACGGGACGCUACGUUCCGGUGACGAAUUGCUCGAGGUGAACGGAUAUCGAUUGCUCGGUAUCAACCACAUGGAAGUAGUUAGCGUGUUAAAAGAAUUACCCGUACACGUUCGGAUGGUUUGCGGAAGGGGCGCCGACUCGCAGGAUCCACUGUGUCCCAUCAACACCGCUCAACACCAGGCCGCGUUCCAGACCAGAAGUAUCCUCGGUGGAUCGCUGCAGAAUCUGUUGCCGACGAUGGACCGUCUGGUGAAAGCGAAGUCUGACGGCUCGUUAGCGUCCACGACGGCCACCGCGACGGUGACGGACGCCAGCUUGAACAAAAUGAAGUCCCGCUCGUUGGAACCGUUGACAGGCCUGGCGAUGUGGAGCUCCGAGCCGCAAGUCAUCGAACUGGUAAAGGGAGAACGGGGCCUUGGGUUCUCCAUUUUGGAUUAUCAGGAUCCAAUGAACCCCAACCAGACUGUGAUAGUAAUAAGAUCGCUGGUGCCCGGUGGCGUGGCUCAGGUCGACGGUCAGCUCAUACCGGGCGACCGUCUGCUGUUCGUGAACGACAUCGGCCUGGAGAACGCUACCCUGGACCAGGCGGUGCAGGCGUUGAAGGGCGCCCCGAAAGGCACCGUGCGCAUCGGCGUGGCGAAGCCGUUGCCCAUCCCAGACAGUAUUGUCCAGGUGAGCGAUCAAGAUGAUCGGAUCGAACCGACCACCGAUGAUAGGGACGAUAACGAGGCCGCCGUGUGCUCGAUCAUGGACAGCCAUAAACAGAGGCGCGAGUAUUUUAGGGAGCGUAAAGUGAACGUGAUCGAGCCGCCUCAUCACAUGGAUUUGAUCGAGGGAUUGAAGCAUCAGCACAACCUCGUCAAAUCCGAGAGUUUCUAACAGCCUAUCUCGUUUAGAACAGGUUUCAUCAGUGCUGUCCAGUCGUUGAUUCCCGUUUUUUAAUUAUUAAGAUUUUUAUAUCAAAUUUUUUAGACGUACGAGAAUUGGUCAGUUCAGUUUGUAAGUCGAAUAAUAUAACUAGUGCAAAAGACUUUUACUUAAGGAAUUUUUGAGAAUUAAUAUAGAUAAUUCUUAUCUAUUAAAUAAAUUUGAUAAAAUUACAGUUUUUCUAGUGUCUUAUGUAGUAAAUGUCUCAGUUUCUAUUCUUAUCACAUUUCUAUUGAAGUCAGUGAGUAGAAAUUGAGACGUGAACAGAUGUUGGGACAUUUACUGGAAUGCCUAAAAUGUUAUUUUUGUAUUUUUUAUAUGAAAAUUAGGACAGCACUGAUUUCGGUACACACUACUGUCCAUAAACUCGAUCAAUAUUUUUACUUAUAAACGAAUUUUUGAUAAGAUUUUAUCGACUUAAAAUUUUAUAUUUCACGUAAUUAUUAAAUAAGCUUGUUUUAUUAAAUGGAACGCGUGGACAGCAGCGUGUUCGUUAAACUUUAUACUAAGAAAUGAACUGUGCUUGCUCAACCCGUUUUUCGGGGAUAGGAUAAUCAGCUUCUGUUUCCGGUUGCCCGCGUGUCUUCGAGACGAUCCUUUCCCAGCGGAUUUCCUGAGAAUCGAUUCUCCGGAUUGAAACAGAUCGAUCUUCCUUUUUAUAUUAUUUUACUCUUGAAAGUUGAAUCGGAGAUAGCUUGAAAGCUCUUUUCAGGACUGUUCGCAGUCUUUUUUGACCGCCGUUGUGCAAUCACGAGUCCCGUCCAUUGAUGUCCUUCGACAUGUUUCAUGCUGUGUGAUUCGAUUUAAUUUUAAGUAUUCCGUUAUCAUCGAGACGUAAUGAAAAUUUUGAUUACAAUAGCGAUCUCGAUGGAUCGACAGAACCGAUUAAGUAGCGAACUUUGAACUCGGUUGUCAAGAUUGAAUUUCACACACCAUUAAACGUGUCAAUGUUUGUUUAAAGUUUCUAGCGGUACUUAACUCGGCUCGUUACCAUAGCUUGUUAACAUGCACAAGUACUUGAAAAUCGCUGACUGCGAUACAUAAUUUAAUAGAGAAUCGAGUGCUGCAGGUGAACGAAACGGCACGGAGGAAUUUAGACAUUUCAGAUUCACUAAUUAUUUCAACGUCUAUGCGACAAUUAUAUGAACGAUAUAAAAGUUUGAUAUUUUGCUUUCUCGAACGUUUUUCACUUUUAUUGCGUGUAUGAAUUAUACCGAUAAUAAAUAGGGUGCCCACAG